CCUGCUUUAAUCGCGGGCGUCAAUGCCGUGUCCGUGCCUCUCGUUUUAUCUUUCACAACCUGCUCUAUUCAAUUGAAAUUCAAAAAUAAGUUUGUAUGGAGUAUGAACAGAGAGUCGGAUGACGAUUUCCGCUCGCCUAGGCCAACGAUUCCGUUCCCAGCAGCUCCCAGACGUCCUGAAAAGAAGGGAAGUGUCCAGUCAAUUCCAGUUCUACCAGUAUCAUCCUCCGCUUCUUCAUUUGACAUCAAGGAGCCGGGGCCUUCGACGACUGCAGAUGCUUGUACUAUUUGCUCGAAGAAUCUCGCACAUCUGAAUGACCUCAGAAAGAUUGCACACGUAAACAAAUGUCUGGAUGCUCAAGAGUCAAACUCCAACCACGCUAAGGCUACUGAAAAAUGGAGUAAUACCAUUGAUUGUCCAUUGUGUGGAGAGCCGCAGCCACCUGGUCCACAUCGAGCAGCUCAUGCCAAGCGCUGUGGCAAAAUACACAAGAUUGCACCAAAAGAGCUGUUGAGACUGAUGGAAACGCAAAGUCGGGUCACUGAAGUCAAAAAGAGAUCAAGUAUAAUCCACACAAAAGCACCCGUUCCUGUGAAGAAGGAGGUUAUUCCAUUAAAACUCCAAGGUGCACCUAAUUCAGUUUUUGAUGAGAGUGUCCAACUGGCUAAAGCGCUUUCCGCAAGUAUAAGUGAAGAUGCGCCCCACGUGGAAGCACAGCCUACUCAAGAGUUUACCAGAAUACCUGAUCCCAAUGAGAAAAGACGAAAAAGACCGCGAUCGUACGCCAUUGUCGAACUAGCUCCCCGAUCAUGCAAAUGUGAGGUUAUACAAAAGGUCCAUGAACGAUUUGUUGAAGCCUUUAAGGUUCGAAAAGUUAACGGUGAAAAGGAGUCCCACUCAGACAUAUGCAAACAAAACUCUAGUCGGACUAGCGUCUUCAUGCAACGUCAAGCACGCUUACUGGAAAAGCUCGAGCGCCUAGAGCGAUUAUCUGAGGAUUUGAGUGUUUUGGCUGGCAGUGAUAUUGCUUCGGAUGUGGAAAUUCUUUGCGAAGACGGGAAUUUGAAAGCACAUCGGUCUUUGCUUCGUGCUAGGACUUCCUUGCUUAAUGGUAACGACUCUCAAGCUGGUACUCCAAGUAUUGAGAUAAAAGAAAGUCGUAAGAUUGUUGCUUGCUGGUUGCAAUACGCUUAUUCUGGCAAGAUUGAAUGGCUGAGCGAAGACACGGAUAAGAUCCGAAGAUUGGCGGAGCGGUUCGGACCGGAUGAUCUCGUGCCACUUUGCGCUCGUAUGAAGCCGUCAGGGUCCGUUGACGAGUUAGCUAACGAAGCAUCUGUUGCAAACGAGCCCACUUCGUCGCUUGGUCCGGCCGCUAAGGUUGAAGCAGGAUCUCAUGAGUCUGUCUCUCAUACUGUGUCAUCAACUCCUAGUCCUGAAUCUGAUGUGGUGGUAACUCCUAGUCCUGAAUCUGAUGUGGUGGUCCCAGAAGCUCUGAGGGUCAACCUCGAAGAACCUGGAACAAGUAGAGAAAAAGAGGAUAAUUCUAUAGAUACUGAAGAUCCGCUACAGGGUAUUAAUUUAGCCGACAGCAGCGUCAAUUCCUCUGCCGACGUGGAGUGCAUUACCAUAGAGGACAGCGAUGUUUCGGGAAGCAAAGGGAUUCAGGGCGCUGAGGACAAUAUUGCGGAAGACAUGCAAGAAGAGAGCACUACGUCAAGACCGAAAGAAGGGAACUGCACCGAUUCAUCUCAUCGGAGUGAUGUUGAAGCAAUGCAAAUAACGUUAUUCGAUAUGCCAGAAGAUUUCAACAACUCCUCGGUGCCUUCACGUACUAACAAAAGUCCUGAUUUAUUUGAUGAAAGGAGCAAAGCUGCAGAAGAUGUUGUGGAAGAUUUCUCUUGGAACUACACUCCUCUUCGCACUACCAUCAGUAAAUCUCGACGCUGUUCAUUAGCUACGUCGGGCGACCAACAACUGAUUUCUCCUCAGCAAAUGAACGCUAUAACCGCAAGUGAAGGGAAGAGGGCGAGUGCUUCUGAUGACCUAAACCAUGGACACGGCGCUUACGAGGAUGAAUACUUCAACUAUCAGGACCCGUGUUUAGAGGACGCGUGGUACGAGCCAGUUGAGAUGAGCCAGCUUUCUUUAUCACAGUCAGUCGAGGAACCCGCUGAGAACCCACUUCCUUCGCAUAUGGAGAAGGCUUCAGCUAGACGAGGCAGAAAAAUUUCGGUAAAAGAAUCUUCGUUUGGCGCUCCACGUCCGGUAACUCCGUUACAAAGUAUGGAAGGUCAAGAAACGAAUGAAAAUUCUUUCACCGUAAAUAGAGAUGCCCCGAUUGUCCCACCGGUGGCUCAUUCAACACCUGCUGAGCCAACUAAGAAAAAAGCGAGGUUUGGUUCGAAUGUGAAGGUGCUAAAAACAUCGGGUAUUACGCCUAUGCCGUGUUAUGAAGGCAUGACUGAUGAAGAGCUGAAGCGCGAGUUGUCCAAAUUUGGCUUGAAGCCUAUGGGUAGGAAACGUGCAGUCAAUAUGCUUAGGCGCAUUUAUGAUGAAGUGCAUCCAGUGAUCGACCCUUGCACUCCAACAGCUCGGCCUUUAUCCGUGGAGAAAACGGCUUCAGCUUCUCCUCAGAAAGGUGUAAAAAAGGCCAGAGCUAGGGGUAAGGCUUUGACUAGCAUAUCUGAAGAUGCUGCGGCAGUAAGUAUGCCAACGUCUUCCACAAGUAAUGCGCCACAGGAAGAAGAUCCAUUAGACGAGGAUUUUAUGGAUCUUGGUGAUAAAACCUUGAAUGAACCUCGCGAUGAACCACCAGAAGAAAGCAUGAUCGAUGAUACGGGAAUUUUGCCGAAGGAUCUCGAGGGUAUGACUCAAAUAUUCUUGGCAUGGUUACGUCGGCCUGAAAACGAUCAUCUAUACAAUCACAUGCUGUCUCUGCAACCAGUACUAAUCGACGAGUUGCAUUUGCGCAUGUCUCGAGCUGACUCAGCUGUUUGCGGAAUUCCUAAGAAAGCGCUGGCGAAUGUUCUGGACCGCCUAAGUAUCACAUUCUCACUUCCCCAACCACCCGGUGGGCGAAGAGGAAUGAACAAAACGAACAGAAAAAGAAAAUAGCUUUCAUUGCACUGUUCAGACUGCACUUGCUUCAAUCCACUUCAAUAUCUAUACAAAUCUCUGCCAAACACUACCUCACUUCUCCUACAACUCAAUUUGACUGUUUAUUUCUCUACCUGCUCCUUGUUUUCACAUAGGAAUCUCACAAGAGCUGCACUAUUCACAUUGUUUUUACUCCAGUGCUUGUUAUAAUCAUCGGGUGGUAGAUCGCCUUUUUAUUGUGUGCUAGCAAAUAAAAGCCAAAUAUAAGU